CUGGGGUGGCAAGCAGCGGAUCAGAAGCACACAGCUCAUGAGCUGGAGAAACGUUGUCCCUGGAGUCUGAGGCAGUGACCUGUUGAAAACCUCGGGGCAGUGGAGAACCUUUGCGGAAUCUGGCCGGACAGAUCGCAGGGUUAGCUUUUCCUCUUGAGCCUAGGUUUGGCCAGACCCCCUCCCCCCGCCCCCCAUCUGAGUCUAACUGCUUCCUGGGAGUCUUUGGAAAACCAGGCACAGGUAAGCACAGAGCAGAAGCCUGCCAAGUGCUGGCUUGGGGAGACCAGACUGCAGGCAGAAGCGACGGUUAAGACUCAGGAACAGUUCUGCUGGUUGGGUGAGAAAGCGAAAAGGACAGAACCUAGGACGCACAUGGUAAAGAUGAGGGGUGGGCGCCCACGGAGAUGAAAGGGGGCUGCGGCGAGCGGCGACACGUGGGACAGGGAAGGCGCUAGGGAAGCAACCCCGGGCGCCAAGGUCUGGCCGGGAGUGCCUCGUGUGACCGCUGCGGCGGCUGGAACAGGUGAGCGUCUGGCGGGAGGGCGCGUGGUCCCCGCCCUUCCCCGAGGCAUGCCGCGUCCUCCGGGCUCUCUCCAGUGCUAGGCUGUUGUACAGGUCCCCUUGGCCAGGGGUUUUGCAACUGGCAGCUGGAUUUUUUUUCCCCUCCCCUGUCUCGGUCUCUCCUUCUUUUAGGUUGCUCCACCCCGCCCAGGAUCAGGCUAGGGGGAACCGGCUCGGCUGCAGCUGCCAACCCGCGCCGAGUGCGCCUGCGAACUCCGCGCGCAGCCGCCUGCGUGCCGGGCGCUCUCAGCUCGCUGCUCCGGACACCGGGGCCUGCUCCCCGCAACCCUUCCCCACUUUUUACCCCUCUUUGCAAUUACAUGGCGUUUUAAGAAUGCCGGAAAGAUGGCGGUAGCUGCGGCGGCGGCAGCGGCAGCGGCUGGGCCGGCCGGUGGGGGAGCCGGCCGGGCUCAGCGGAGCGGGCUGCUGGAAGUUUUGGUGCGGGAUCGCUGGCACAAAGUUCUGGUGAACUUGAGCGAAGACGCCCUGGUUCUGAGCUGCGAGGAGGGCGCUGCGGCGUACAACGGCAUCGGGACUACCACCAAUAAUGGCUCGUUCUGCAGGGGCGCCGGGACCGGGCACCCAGGAGCGGGCGGCGCGCAACCCCCGGACUCGCCCUCCGGGGUCCGCACAGCCUUUACCGACCUACCCGAGCAGGUGCCCGAGUCUAUCUCAAACCAGAAACGCGGGGUGAAAGUGCUGAAGCAGGAGCUGGGUGGCCUGGGCAUCAGCAUCAAGGGGGGCAAGGAGAACAAGAUGCCUAUCCUUAUCAGCAAGAUCUUCAAGGGGCUGGCGGCCGACCAGACCCAAGCCCUUUACGUGGGCGACGCCAUCCUGUCCGUGAACGGAGCCGACUUGCGGGACGCCACCCACGACGAGGCGGUGCAGGCUCUGAAGCGUGCUGGCAAAGAAGUACUGCUGGAAGUGAAGUACAUGCGGGAAGCCACUCCUUACGUGAAGAAAGGAUCGCCCGUGUCAGAGAUAGGAUGGGAAACGCCACCGCCGGAAUCCCCUCGGUUAGGGGGCAGCUCCUCAGACCCUCUGUCGUCACAGCCCUUCUCCUUCCAUAGAGACCGGAAAAGCAUCCCCCUCAAAAUGUGCUAUGUCACACGGAGUAUGGCCUUGGCUGACCCUGAGAACAGGCAGCUUGAAAUCCACUCUCCAGAUGCCAAGCACACAGUGAUCCUAAGGAGCAAGGACUCAGCUACUGCCCAGGCUUGGUUCAGUGCUAUCCAUGCCAACGUUAGUGACCUGCAGAGCCGUGUGAUGGUGGAGGUCAAGGAGCAACUGGGGAAAACCGGCAUUGCCGGGAGCCGAGAAAUCAGACAUCUUGGCUGGCUUGCAGAAAAGGCCCAAGAAAUAGGUGGUUCAAAACAGUGGAAAGCCGCCCUGGUUGUGCUGACUGAGAAGGACCUUCUCAUCUAUGAGAACAUGCCACGGAGGAAGGAAGCCUGGCUCAGCCCCGUUCACUCAUACCCACUUCUUGCCACCAGGCUGGUUCAUUCAGGUCCAGGGAAGGGAUCACCCCAGGUUGGUGUGGAUCUAUCUUUUGCAACGCGCACUGGUACCAGGCAAGGGAUUGAAACACAUCUCUUCCGGGCAGAGACCAGCAGGGACCUCUCCCAUUGGACAAGAAGCAUAGUGCAGGGUUGCCACAACUCGGCCGAACUCAUUACUGAAAUCACCACAGCUUGCACCUAUAAAAACCAGGAGUGCCGCUUGACCAUACAUUAUGAGAAUGGAUUUUCUAUUACCACUGAACCUCAGGAAGGUGCCUUUGCCAAGACAAUCAUACAGUCUCCGUAUGAGAAACUGAAAAUGUCCUCAGAUGAUGGAAUCAGGAUGCUCUAUUUAGAUUUUGGUGGCAAAGAAGGAGAGCUUCAACUGGACCUUCACUCCUGUCCCAAGCCAAUUGUUUUCAUCAUUCAUUCCUUCCUGUCAGCUAAGAUCACAAGACUGGGCUUGGUGGCCUGAAUAGCGAGGCUGCUUCUCUUGAGAAGAGGAAGGCUGCAGACCCACUGGGGCUUGUGACACCAGACACCAUCCAAAGUGAGCAAGUGUGCAGGUGGAGCACGCCACCAUCAGCAUCACUUCUCAAGAGUCACCUGGAACUGUCCUAGACUCCUCCGUCAGCUUCAGCAAUUGCAAGGGGUAUCCUAAGGCAGUGCCGUGAGGAAUGGAACAGUAGAACAGUAGAAGGCUAAGGAGAUGAGGGCAAUUGGAAAAACCCACAGCAUAGUUUUUACAUAAUAACAGCCAAGGAAGAGACCAUGAGAACAGCAUGUGCAGUCUGAAGUGUACCAGUUUCUAGGCAACUGGUCCACCUAAGUAAGCGAGGGCUGAGCAGAUGAGAAAUGAACAUUUUCACCUCCCACCCUUCUUACCCUGUAGCGGUGAUCUCUCAUUUUAUUGUGAUUUAUUUCCUAGUUCAGGUUGACUUUCUCUGAGAGUGGAAGAAAACUCUUAGACAUCCACCUUUUAUUUAAGUACAAAGCAGCUGUUUUUCUUUUCUUUUUUUAAAAUGAAUUGUCUUUGAGUGAUGUCUAAUGAUUCUGAAACAUUCUCACUAGCAUAUGCUGAGCAGGAAUUAUAUAAAGCAUCAGAUACUGGUCUCAUACACAGCAGAACUCUGAGCCAAGGUAGACGGCUGAAAUUGCAAAGCUUGUUGAAGAGUUGUAUGCACAAAACAUGAUUCACUCUGGAACUACACUUAAACCAAGGCCUGCUGCCUUUUGGCCAGGAGUGAUAGCUUUAUUUAUACAAAGCAAAUUGUGUGUGUGUGUGUUUAAAAAAGGUUGUCAUCUAUAUAUAUAUAACAACUCAUGGCUUGGGGUUAGCUAAUUAUCCCUGUUUCAUGGUUUCCAGUGGAAGUACUGAGCAAUUUAUUGACCCCUUGUUCUUGCCUGUGCUUGUAUGCAUGUGUUUUCCAGUGAGUACCAGAGCGGCCUCAUUGCAUUCUGGAUGAUAUUGGGUUUUACAUAAGGACCCAGUGCUAUAAUCAAACUUGUUGGUAGUAUUUGCAGCCCUUUUGCAAUUCCAGGGAAAUAACACAGUGUCCUGAUAUUUUUCUACAAGAAUAUUUUCAGAUAGUGAAUAUAGCACAUCACUGAUGUAAUGCUUUUGCUUUUAUCUCUCAAGACUAACUCAUUAAAAAUAGCAGCCAUUUUUUGAUUUUUGAGUUGCUUUUUUCAAACCAUGAAAAUUAGCUCUAGGGUUUCCAUAAGCAUUUCUAAUACAUCUCUCUCCUAUAGCUUACAUAGACAAGUGUUUCGUGUGAUACCUGUGUGCUUUUUAUAAGAGUUGUAUUUUAGCAAAUACCUAUGCAAAGAGCUUUAAAAGGUAAAAUUGUUUUAAAGGAACAUGAUGUUGCCCACUCAGAUAUGUAUGUAAUCAAGUUACAAAGUUUUAUUAAAAUUAGCAUUUCCCCUAGUAGAAGUGUUGUUUGACACUAAUUCCAAGGGGCAAUGGUUGCGUGGUAUGUUCUGUGGGUGAGGUUAGGGUAGGAGUUUGGGAAUGAAAGUCUUUGUUAAAUGCUGAGUUAAAAUAAUGUUAAAUAGUGUCUGCUAUUGCGGGCCUCCUUGCCGGCUUUGUGCUCUAUGAUUCUUGUUGGGGGAAUCUGCUGUACCUCCUGCACACUUACUCACAGAACUUCUUUCUCAUGGGCACCUUUGAAAUGAAUGUACUUAGCAAAAUUGCUUUAGAAGACACAGCUUUAGGAUAUUGACAUUUUGUUUAUUAUUUUAAAAUGCUGAAGAGUGAAAUCUUAAACUCUGUAGAAGAGCUUUCAUGCAUCUGUAAAUUAUCUUGCACUCUUUUCACUAUAUUUUCAGAAUCACUGGAAUGUUGUUAUACAAGAGAAUUAUACAUGUAUGUUGUAAAUAACAUGUUAAAAUUCAUACAUUAAUGCCACAACAAUAUGUAAUCUAAGGUGCUCGGUACAUGAAGUAUGAGUUAAUUACUCAUGUCUAGGUUGCAAAGAUCCUAUUAUAUAUUUAUAGACAAAUUAAAAUCAUCAUAAUUACAAAUAUUAUUUCUUCAUCACUUAAGUUUUGGACUGAUGAAUAUUUGUGUAAGAUCAACAGAAUCUACAUUCUCUUACAUUUAUAAAAAUUUAAUUUAAAUAUUUAUAUUUUAGGAAAAAUAUAUUUCAAUAAAAUUAAUGCAUUUUCUGAAGUAAAUUAAAAUGUGUUCUUAGCAAGCAAUAGAAAAUCUUACUAAUUGUGUUAUGAAUUAUUUUUCCCUCUAAGGAUAUAAUAGAGUGACUCUGAUAAACCAGUUUCAAAUAUCCAUUCUCUCUGAUUUUGAAUUAGUUUUCACCUUGCUUCAAUGUGUAUGGGGAUGACAUGAGUUCCCAAGUCUGGACCAUGUCUGGCCAGCAUCAGUCACCUGAGUCUUUUUGAGAAAUUUGGCUCUGUUUAGUUCACUCUGUGUUCAAUGCCAAGAUAUUACACUAACAGUGUUUGUCCCUAAAUGAAAAUCAAUGUAAAUGAAUACUAUUUCAAUUUGCACUUUGUGGGAAGUUACCCAUUUGUUGCUAUAUGUUAAUUGAGUCCUUUUCAUGGUGAUAACUCUUCAAAGGGACUUAACGAAGGCCAAUGGAUAUAUGGGUGUAUCAAUUGUUUAUUCUGGCUUGAAUUAAACAGAAGAAACAAAAUCAUAACCCCAACCUAAGGUUCGCAGGUGGAGGCAUCUAAUUGGUUUUAGCAAAGGAUGGAGUGAAAAUGCUUCUCUUUGUCCCAGAGCUUGCUGACCCUGCCUGGGUGACUUGGAAAGAACGGUUUCAAUGGUGACACAGACUGUCCUGAAAUCAUUGAACUCUGUUUUACAUGAUAUUGGAGGAGGCUGGAGUUGGAAAGUAAUUCUUGGAUAUCUUCUGAGUUAAAAAAAAAUCUGUGCCUAUGUUUAUAUCACCAUGACUAUCAUGUAAAAUUUAUACCUAAAUUAAAUAAAUAUUCACCUCUGA